GGACAGACAGAGAGGCAUUUUUUAAUAACUACAAACCGGGAGAGGUGUGGAUCUGUAAACCCACAGGUAUGAACCAAGGCAAGGGUAUCUAUCUAGUCAGAGACAUUGAGAAAUUUAAAGCCAGUUUGGAAGAAAGAGAUGAAAGGCUAAGGAGGCGGCGAGUGAGACCCACUAACAUGGGAAGGAUAAUACAGAGAUAUAUUGAAAACCCACUGCUGCUUGAGGAUAAAAAGUUUGAUGUGCGGACAUACAUGCUGAUUGCAAGCACCACACCUUACCUUGUGCUCUACCACAAAGGAUACGUGCGCUUGUCUUGUCAGAAGUAUGAUCACCAUAGCAACGAUCUGACAGCACAUUUGACCAAUCAGUACAUUCAGAAGAAGGACCCCAGCUACCAGGAUGUGAAGGAGGAUACAGCCUGGUCCAUGGAUAAGUUCAAUGACUACAUCAAUGAAAAUGUUGCUCCUCACAAAGAUCUGGAACAGAACUGGGUUUAUACAACUUUCACGAAACAAAUGCAGCGUAUCAUCACGCACAUAUUCAAUGCAGUUAAGCCAAAGCUGCAGACCAGGCUUGGCUACUUUGACCUGUACGGCUUGGACUUCAUGAUAGACACAGACAUGAAGGUCUACCUAAUUGAGGUCAAUGUUAAUCCCGCACUUCACAUUAACUGCGAGGCUCUCAAGGAGGUCAUCCCCAGUGUGGUAGAGGAGACACUGUAUGUUGCCAUAGAGUGCUUUGAGAAGAAAAAGAAAGGGAAUUCAAUAUGGCCCUUGCAGUCACUGAAAAACUUCACUGUCCUCUAUGAUGGGGAGUCUGGAAAAUAUCUCCAUCGUAUGACAGUCAAUAAUGGUCAAAUACGCACCCAGUCACCAACAAAGGAGGUUCGUACUCAACAAGAUGAUACCACCACAGUGCCACCUACACUUAAAGAACCUCCUAAGCAACAGACUCCAUCUACAGUCCAGAGCCCUGCCAAGACAAGCCCAACAGUGACCACCACCACUACAGCAGCGUCACAACUGCCUCCAGUACAAAAGCCCACCACUCCACGGCCACGAACAUCUAGUCGUAGCAUUCCAGCCACGGAACCAACUCUUUCAUCACCACGGUUACAGUCCACAGAGAUCUCGAUCCCAGUUACAAAUCUGACACUUCCUAACGAGGCAGUGAAGUUACGCCUAACUACAGCCAACCACAACUCUCAGUCCCAUAAUGCCAAGCGACCUAAAAGUGGAGGCGACAGAGGAAACUGAUGCUUUGUUGUUCUUAGGCAAAAUCAAAUGUUGUAUCCUACGAAAUUCACAUAAUCAGACCACUUUGUGAGAUGGACAAGUUAAUGCCUUGGCUGUUACAUGAGAGAGUCAACUAAAUGGAGCUCCUGUGCUUGGCAAAGUUAAUUAAUUAAUUACUAACUUAUUAAUUAACUUACCUAAACAAAUAUGCAGCAAACUAGUGGUGAACUUAUGAAAGGGAGUAAAACUUGUGUAGUAUAAUUCCAUGUUAGGAGCUCUCAAAGUGAACUAGCUCAGUCAAGAUGUGAAAAUGGCCUUGCAAAUCAUGCCACAGUCCAGUAAGGACAACGGUGGAGAAUAACUAGUCUGUACAGCAGCACAUUACGAUAAAGAAAAAAGGUCUACUUCUUAGUGUACACAAUUAAUAUAAUUGCAGUGAUUGAAAUACAUAGAGAGAUCUGAGUUGCAGCAAUUUUGACAGCAAAGUCUAUCACAGUUGGCUUUGAUAGGUAAUCUUGCUGUGGCAUCCAGUAUGAGAUUGGAGUUUUUUGAGUUUGUGUUCAUGAAGUCAUUACCAACAUGCGGUUGGCUUAGCAAUAAAACAUAUCAUCAGGUAAAUGUCAAUUAAGUUUACAGAUCUGUACCGGUGGAGUGUUUGGUAUUGUCAGUCAGUAUAUAUUUGCUCAAGAUGCAAAAGUGGCCAAAUCAACUUUUAUUUGAAUUGUGGGUAAAUGUACAUUGAUAGAACCAGGCUCCAGUUUCACAAAAAAAAA